UUACUCUUUGGAAUUGCAAGCAACACUUGUUUACCCCAUCUACCUCAACUUAUUUGUGAUGUGAACCAUUGAUCUAAGUUAGAAUGUAGUACUAAUUAACUAGUAGAUGUAUGUAUAGCUCUCUGGAAACCUUUGCCUCAUGGUAGGACUCCAGGUGUUAGUGAAAACUUAUCAGCGAGAUGUAGCUCCAGCAGUUCUUAUUUAAAGUCAACAGGAACAGGAUGACUGAAUGAUUGAGUUAUAGGAGUAGGGUAGCAUCAACACUCAGUGUGAAUCCAUUUGCUCCAGUUCUGGUGAACAAGACCUGUGCUUGUCAGCUGUAGCAAGGUGCCAAAUGAAUUAAUGAUGUCCAAAUGAGGUAGUGCCUUAUGUCACCGGGAGCGAGUCGGUAGGGGGCCUGAGAUCUUGAGAAUUCAUUGGCUUGCCAAGGACUUGUGGGAAGAUUAUGUUUUUGUUGUGGUAGUUGUAGGAAUUAAGGUGGGUGAGCAAGAUGACAAGAAGAGACUUGGUAUACCUAUUAGAGCUAGAUAUGCUUUUCGAUUUAACUUUGUGGAUGGUUUCUGUCAUCUACAGAGGAAUUUGGGUAUAAUUUAUAACCACCAUGGCUUGUAAGUGUGAAUGUGGUUGCAAGAAGUGUUUGGAGCAAAUAGAUGACCUCUUUUUUUUUCUUUCUCAUUCUUGGUUAAUAUUAGUGGUACUAUUAUUUUUAUGUCUGUGAGGGCAUGCUUGAGCUAAUUUUCACACAAUGGGACUAAAAUACCUCAGUAGUCUGAUAAAGGCUAGACAUGCUCACCAAGACUGAGGAAAAGAAGUAAUUUUUGUGGUCUGGCUCCAAUUGAUCGGAAUCAACCCCCAGACUUGGUAUACAAGUUAAUGUUUCUUUACCAAUGGGCUAAUAGCACCUUGUGAUGGAGCAAAGCUGCGGCUGGUUUCUUUGAAUGGUACUUUGUAAUAGUUAUAUGCUGCAGGGACUUGCUUUUGUAACUAUUUUAUGCAUUUUGCAUCUAUUAAGUAGAAGGAAGACUAUUACUGAGUGACUCAUUAUAUUUGAGCUGAAGUCAAUGUGCUGAGGUCUUCGCAAGUAGUUCAUUCUAUAUCUGUUUCUAGCAGUACACUUACUGCAGAUAACCUCUGAUGGAUGGAAAGUAUGGAAGUAAGAACAGACUUGUCAAGCUUGUUCAAUUUGGCAGAGAUUGCAUAUGGGCCUUCCGUGAACACAAAUCGUAAGGAUUGUCAUUGUUCAACUCUCUCCACCAUAAGAGCUGAUGGGAGCAGGCAGCGUAGGUCUUCAAAAGAUGCUACACCAGGGAAAACAUCCAAAGGAGGUGAGCUCAAUAUACAGCCAACCCCUGACAGUAAAUCAUCAAAUUCAUUAAACCAGGAAGAGAUCAUUUCCCUUUUCAAGAGAAUACAAUCUUCAAUUUCAAAAGGUGAUUCUUUAAGUUCCAAAAAAAGAAAUACCAAGUCCUCCGAAGAGAAGCCCACUAUUGAUUCAGUCUUGGAAAUCCUUCGUCAUUCAAAGACACAAGCCAAAGGUACAACGUCAAAUACAAAGGAUGAUAAGGGGUCGACUCAUCAAAGAGGUCAAAAGGAACCAACGACAGAUUCUUCAUCAACAUUAGAUCCAAGGUCAACACGCCCACCCUCAAGCUUUGUGAAAAGAUCUCCUUUACAAUCACCAUUUAACUCCAAAGGAAAGGUUGAGCUCAAGAUGGAGACAUUACAAGGUAAUCACGGUGAAAGGGAAGCAAUCAAAAUUGAGGAUAUGAAACUUCCUCAGCUUAAAGAACUAGCAAAAUCUAGAGGACUUAAAGGUUAUUCAAAACUAAAGAAAAGUGAACUUGUAGAAUUGCUCAUCAGAUGUUGAGACAAUGAAGAGAUGAUUAAGUCGUCCAUACAAUGCUUUACAUGCUUGACUGUUAACUGAAAGACUUCUCUUUUUCAUGUCUGCUUUCUUUCACGGAUAAACUCGAUGUUAGGUCAGAGUUUGGGUGUUUAACACAUUCAUUUGUUGGUUAUUUGUUGCAUAUGUUAUCUUUAAGUCU